AUGCUGAGCUCUGUUCUUCUACCUUGCCUAACCUUCUGCGGCGCCUUCACCCUCACCUUUGCACUUUCCAAGCUCGCACAACUUCGACGUCCGACGCGAGCCAAGCUCCCAUACCCUCCUGGACCAACCCCUCUUCCCUUCCUCGGAAACGUUCUCGACAUCGACAGAGCUCAACCAUGGGUGAGCUAUACGGAGAUGCAAAAGAAAUACGGGGACAUCAUAUACACGAAGCUUCUUGGAUCAGACUAUAUCAUUGUCAACACCUAUGAUGCAGCUAAAGCUCUACUCGAACAACGCUCAUCAGUCUACUCUGACCGCCCCGUCUUUCCUGCAAACAAAUUGUUCGGAAUCGACUUCAACACCGUUUUACAGCCCUACGGCGACACAUGGAGAUUACACAGAAAACUCUUCCACCAUAGUCUUAGGGGGGAGACUGCGAUCCGUUACCAGAAUCUCUACCUUGAGAAAGCUCACGGUCUUCUUGCAAAUCUACUCGACGCACCUGAGGGCUUCGAGGGUCAUUUCCGUGGCUUUGUCGCGUCCAUCGUGAUGGCUCAGACGUACGGAUACGAGACGCAACCACGCAACGACCCACUCGUUGGGGCGGUCGACAUGCUCAUCCGUCUACUUGCGGUUGCACUCUCGCCUGAGCGCAUGGCGAUAUUCAAGGCCUUCCCUGCGUUGGAGAAACUCCCGUCUUGGUUCCCAGGCGCAGGGUUUAAGCGCGAUGCCGUAUUGGCGCGGGGGCUCGCUAAACAGGUGAACGACGUACCAUUUGAAUUCGUGAAACGGUCUCUGGCGGAGAAUACAGCACGCCCAUCAAUGGUCUCGGACUUGCUAAGCUCAUUCGACGAAAGCGAGGAUAACAACGCCCAAGAGCGAGCGAUGAAAGCGACGGCGGCAACGGUCUUUAUAGCCGGAUCUGAGACGAGCUCUUCAACAUUGCAUGUCUUCGCGCUCGCAAUGCUCCGGUACCCGGAGGUUCAGAAACGGGCGCAGGCCGAAAUCGAUAGCGUUGUCGGACGCGACAGAUUACCGACUUUCGAGGACCGGGAGACACUGCCAUACGUGGAGUGCAUCUGGCGCGAGCUGCUCAGAUGGCAUCCGGUCGUACCCCUCGGCAUACCGCAUGCGACGUCGGCGGAUGAUGUGUACGGCGGGUACUACAUACCGAAAGGCGCUACUGUCAUGAUGAACGUUUGGGCAAUGACGAGGGACGAUCGGCGGUACGCAAAUCCGGAGAUAUUUGACCCAUCGCGGCACCUCGCACCGACACCCGAUGGUUCUGACAAGCUGGCGCUCAAGCCCGAGUCGGUAACGAACGACCCGAUCUUCGGCAUGGGGCGCAGGAUUUGCCCAGGGCGGUACAUGUCCGACGCGCUUAUGUGGGCUGCGAUCGUUUCGAUUCUCGCGGCAUUCCGCAUCGAAAAGGCGACAGACCGGUCAGGAAGAGAGAUUGAAGUGGAGGAGAAAUUCACGCCCGGCCUUGCGAUGUAA